AUGACUGAAGAAAAGAAAUUGAAUAAACCUUUACUUAAUAUGAAUGAUAUAGAUGGGGAUAUUAAAGAAUAUAGUAAAAAUGAAGAAUACAAUAGUAAAAUGGGUGUUUUAUCAAACUUUAAUUUAAAUCAUGAUAUGAAAAAACUAAUGAAAAGGAAUGAAAUGAAGAUUAAGAAUGAUAAAGUGUAUAUAGACUAUUUAAAAUCUAAAUUUAAAACAAAUAACAAUUCCAACUACGAGAAUUAUGAUACUAUAUUUGAUGAAGAAAAAAAAAAAGCAUCGAAAGAAUUUUUUAUUAAUAAAAAUAUUUUCUCAUAUAUAAAAGAAAAUAGAGGAGAAUAUCUAAAAAAUGAUGAUUUCAAACUUAGAAUUAAAUGUUUUAAUAAAUAUUUAAAGCAUGAUGUUCAUAAAAUAUGCAAUGGUGAAAAUAUUCAAUAUUCUUUACAAACGCAUGAAUUAUUAAAAAUGGUUCAUCAAAUAAAAGGAGAAAAUACAUCUAUAAAUUCUACAAGUGGAUUAGCUCAAUAUAGAGAUAUAAGACAGUUGGUAUCAAAUAAUACAAACACACGAUUUGAUAUAUCUCCUAAAAGAAAUUGUGUAUUAUUAAAUUUACCAUAUAGAAAAUGUAUAAUAUUUAAAGACUUUUUGCUAUAUAUACCUACUUUUACAAAUAGUCCAAUCCCAGAAGUAAUGCAAAAGGAAGAGAAAAUGUGUAAAUAUUUUAUUGAAAAUGCAAAAGUAAUAUCUUUAAUUAAAGAUUCAUUGCCAUUUGAAAUUUUAAUUUUAGAAGCGAUCUUUGUUGAUAUAUGUGAAGAAUUAAAAAAUGAAAUUGAGCCAGUAAUAUGCGAGGCAGAAAAAUUAUUUGAAAUAAUAAGUAGUAAUUUAAGUAUAUACAAAUGUAUAAAUAAAUUAACGGAAAUGAGAAGAAAAAUAAAAAUAAUUGAUGAAAAAGUUCAAAGUGUAUAUAAAUCUAUUCAUGGAGUUCUAAAUAAUGAUGAAGAUAUAAGGAGAUUAGAAGUCUCGUAUUUUUGGGAUAAGCCAGAUUUAUGGGAAAAAUGUGAUCCUACUCCAAAUAAUGAAGAUACAGAAAUGUUAUUAGAGUAUUAUUGCCAUGAAAUAGAAGAAUUUUUAAAAAUUAUUCAUAGAACUGAUCAAUCAUUGGAUGAUGUUUUACAAAUGGUUGAAUUAAAUUUAGAUGAUGCGAGAAAUAAUGUUUUAAAAUUAGAAUUAGGAUUAAAAAUAUAUGGUAUAAUAAUAACUGUUGUUGGUACGGUAGCUGCUAUUUUUGGAAUGAAUUUAAAAAAUGGUUUUGAAAGUGAUCAGUACGUUUUUUGGAUACUUGCUUUUUCUUUAAUGCUCAUAACGAUAUUUUGUUUAUUUUAUGUUAUGGUAUCUUUUAAAAAAGUUAAUAUUUAA